UCAGCAGUGCAAAUCAAAUCAAAUUUCAGAAUGAGAGUCGAAGCUUUGGAUAUGUUUUGGACGGAUAAGGGUCGAUAUGAUUUAGCAGAAAAAAUGUUUCACGAGGUCAUUUUAAAGGUAUCUGAGCGGAAUCACUGCAGCCCUUUAGUGUCCGAAAUUGCAAAGGCUAGGGAGCAUAUACAGAACUCUCUGGAAAAGAUUGAUGUUGCUACUUUGGAAGAUAAGUGCAGGUUGGAGUUUCUAGACCGAAUAUCGCUAUUAGAAAAUCAAAAUAUCGAUCUAAGAUCCCAAGUUUCCAAAUUAAAUCAAGCAUACUCCGAUGUAUUGAAACGUCUUGAUUUGGUUGAAAAUCGACUUAAUUGCUCAAACGGUAACGUGAAAAAUAAUGAUGAUGAUGUCGACUUAUUUGCUUCAGAAAGUGAGGAAGAAACUGAGGAGGCUGCACGCAUAAGGGAAUCACGACUGGCCGCUUAUACAGCUAAGAAAUCGAAAAAAGCUGUUAUUAUAGCAAAGUCAAGUUUAAUUUUAGACGUUAAACCAUGGGAUGAUGAGACUGAUCUGCAAGCUAUGGAAACAGUAAUUCGAAAAAUUGCUUUAGACGGAUUAUUAUGGGGAGCUUCAAGGCUUGUCCCAGUGGCUUUUGGAAUAAAGAAACUAAGUAUUUCAUGUGUUGUUGAGGACGAUAAAGUUUCUAUUGAUUGGCUUACUGAAGAAAUAGAAAAAUUAGAAGAUUUUGUCCAAAGCGUUGAUAUAGCUGCAUUCAACAAAAUUUAAGAGAUGUUUAAAAAUUAUUGUAAAGAAAUAAUAGUUUCUUGGUGGCAUUCUUAGCCUUAAAUUAAAAAUAAUUUAAACGGAAAUAAAUAAAUUAUACUAUU